AUGGGUGACGAUCGAGAAGAUUUCGACAACCUUGCAUGGGACAAAAACGAUGAGGCCUGGGAAGAAUCCCAGAAACAGCUUCGACACCCAUCUACCUGUCGCCUUGCAGAAUCCCUCGUAGAGCAGAAGUUUGGGAAACGUGCAACCUUAAUAUCGCCAUUAAUUAUCGGCGGAUACAACAUUCUAUACAGGAUACGCCUCGAAGGAGUCUCUCCCGAUGUCAUGGUUCGACUACCCUGCCCUAAUCUGGUCCAGUUCCCAGAGGAAAAGACCCUUCGAGAGGCUACAAUAGCAAGGUAUAUUAGGCAAAAUACUCAGGUCCCAGUUCCCCGAAUAUUCUAUUAUGGACAGAGUUCCGACGUUGGGCCUUUCAUCAUCCUACAACAUGUCGAAAAUCGGUGGACCUUGUCGCACGCGCUGAGGACUCCUAGCGAUGAUCCUGAUACGCCUCAUGUUCUGGACCCUAACAUCUCAGAGACCACGCUCAAGACGCUUUACAAAAAAGUGGCGCGCUGUCUAUUACAGCUCUCACAACCCAGCUUCCCCUGUAUCGGGUCUUUAGUCGAAGCUGAUAACGGCUCCUAUUCCGUGGCCGGACGACCUAUCACUCAGAAUAUGAACAACAUGAUCCAGCUCGCCAACAUUCCCCGAGCGGUUCUUCCUCUAGAGGACAAGACGUACAAGACUGCUGACGAAUGGUACGUUGCGUUAGCAGAGAUGCAUAUAGCACAGCUCGUGUUCCAACACAACGAUCUCGUCUCUACAGCAGACGACUGCCGAAACAAAUACGUAGCGCGCCAACUAUGCUAUAAAUUAGCUAAACAAGGCCGCCUCUCGACUUUUGGAUUCGCGGAGGAUGACUGGUCUGCGCAGUCCAAAACCCAACCCAUGAACCUUUCCCCGACUCCUGCUGCGUCAGGCGGUUUCCGGCUUUGGUGCGAUGAUUUUCGAGCAGGCAACAUCCUACUAAAUGAAUUCAACGAUAUCGUCGCGGUUAUCGACUGGGAGUUCGCAUAUGUUGGACCUACGCAAUUUGUGCUUGAUCCACCUUGGUGGCUCCUACUCGAUGUACCUGAGAUGUGGCAUUCAGGCAUCGAUAAUUGGACCCAGACAUACGACACCCGCUUAAAGACCUGGCUCUCAGCCAUGAAAGAGGCUGAGGAGGAAAGCAACGGAUCGAAAUCCAAAAAUCCUAUGCCAUUUUCUUCUUCACUGUCUACAUACAUGCGCGAGAGUUGGCAAACAGGCCGGUUCUGGCUUAAUUAUGCGAUGCGAAAGAGCUGGGCGUUUGAUACUAUCUUCUGGAAGUAUUUGGAUAAGAGGUUCUUUGGCGAGAGGGGAACAGACGACGUCUCGAAACAUGACUUGUGGAAGACGAGAGUACAUCUGUUAAGUGAGGAGGAAAGAGGAGCUAUGGAGUUGUUUGUGGAGAGAAAGAUGGAGGAGUCAAAGGAGCGGAUUCUGGUUGAUUGGGACCCGAAAGAGGCGAAGGAGCGCUUGGCUGAGGUGUUGUUUGAUUGA